AUGGCCGCCCGGAUGCCCCUCGCCGCCGCGAUCGUCCUGGCCUGCAUGGAGGCGGCGCUGUGGCCGGCCGUCGCUGGCGUCCCAGCAGAGCACGAGUUGUUCGUCCUUCCCCGCCGACACUUGAGCCAACCUGGACGGGGCAGCACAGCGCGGUCCACCUCCAAGUCUGUUUCCAGCGCCCAAACGGACGUGUCGGCCGCUGUGGCGCGCGCCAUCGCCCAGGCGGUCGCUGACGUCACCUCGGGCGGAGAUGCCCAGGCCGCCGCAACAGCGGCCGCCACGGCCAUCGGCGAAGCCACCGCCACGGCCACGGCCGAAACCACGGUCACUGCGGAGGUGCAGGGAUCGGGCACGGCGUCUGGAACGGCGGACGCCAGCGCAAGGGCGGUGGCCGAGGUGGUGGCCGCGGCCAUCGCGGAGGCCUUUGGGAGGGCCACCGGGGGGGACGGGGAGGUGGUGGCGGCCGCCCAGGCGGAGGUGUCCUCUAGCGCGGUGGCGGAGGCAGUGGCACAGGCGCGCUCAGAGGCGUCGUCGACGGGGGGAUCCUCAGAAGCGAGUUCCAAGGUCGUGGCCACGGCUGUGGCCCGUGUAGUUGUAAACGCCAUUGCCAAUGCUCUGGCUGUCAUCUCAGGGUCUUCCUCAAGUGCUGAAGCAAAUGCAGAUGCAACAGCAGAUGAGCAGGAUGGGGCGAUGCACGUCGAAUCAGCUACCUCAGCUAACGUUGAAGGUCAGGGAAGUGCAAAUGCUGAAGGGGAUGGGACAGCCACGGGAUCCAGCGCAUCGCCGUCCCACCCCUCAUCUCCCCUUCUCCCUCCUAACCCACUUCCACCCCCAUCUCCACCCCUUCCACCGGCAGAGAUGUUUACCCCUCCCCCACCCCCCUCGCCUCCCCCUCCAUCCCCUGUUGUGUUCAUAUCUGCACCUCCUGUCGACUCUGCCCCGCCUCCGCCUCAAGCACCGCCCCAGAACCCAUGGCCGGCCAUUGAGGAGCAACAGCCCUCGCCUCCAGGCAGCGCGCCGGCGGCCUGGAGCGGCAGCCCGGCCAACAGCGAUUAUUGGGAGUAUGGCGAAUACCGUGGCGGUGACGAACAUGGCGGGGAGGAUUAUGGGGAUAGUGGCUCGGGGCACGGCGGCCUCGAUUGCAGUGGCGGGAUAACGGAAGGGGCCGUGUACAUGGGCGGUGACAUGGAUCAGAAGGACCUCUUGGACGACUUCUCAAAAAUACAGCCAACGGCCGAGGCGUGUUGUCAAGCAUGUGCGAAAAAUCCAGGAUGCGACCUGUUUAGCUGGGUGUCGAGCAGCCAGGAGUGCCUCCUCAAGGAAGACAAUAAAAGCGCGAAGCACGGAAUUCUGUUCGCCGUUCGGAGUGGCACAUAUAGUAAAACGCUCAGGGACUAG